AUGCCUAAAGGUGCCAAAGGCGGGAAAGCAGAUUCUGGUAAGGGUGGGACCAAGAAAACUGGUGCCAGUGGGGGUGGCAAAGAAAACGCCAAAGGUAGUGAUUCUGCUGGCGCUAGCGGUGGAGGUGGAAAGGUUUCCAAGGCCGGGACCGCAGUCAAGGUACGACACAUCCUCUGUGAAAAACAAAGUAAAUGCCUCGAGGCAUUGGAACAGCUGCGCAACGGGAAACGUUUCAACCAGGUUGCGGAAGCCUACAGUGAAGAUAAAGCGCGAUCGGGUGGCGAUUUGGGCUGGAUGACACGAGGCUCCAUGGUCGGUGCGUUCCAGGUACGCUGUCUCUUGUUCAUUCUGCUGUCCGUCUAUUUCGGGACAGUAUCUAUGCCCGCUUAUCGUUCUUUUUCACUUUAG